AUGUCCUCUCUCUCCGCCAUCAUGGCCCGCCGGGCCUUCCUGCGCCAGCAGCCUGUCCGAAGACUCGUCACGCCACAGCCAAUCCGACGACAUGCCUCCUCCAAGGCCGCUGAGGCCGGCCUCGACAAGGGCGCCAAAAGGGAUCCCGAGCUCUAUGUCCUUCUCACUGUUAUGGCCGGUGCUUUUGGAAUUGUCGGCUGGUACCUAGGCAGCUCUCCUACCAGCGUUAGCUCCGAGAGCAACGUCCGUGUUGGCGAGAGCGGCGCUAUGCCAUGGGAGACCGACGAGAAGGAUUCCGAGAGCAAGGGCAACUUCAAGUACAGGUACCACCCUCACGGAGACAAGAGCAAGCCCCUCAAGGAGGCCCCCAGUGCUUUGAACGAGGUCAUCAUUCCAAACGUGACCCUCCCAGCUGUAUGUGCAUGGUCAUACCCCGCUACGAUACUUGUUUUUAAUACUGACUUAUCGGAUAGGACCUCCACGAACGAUUCAACAAGUAUGGAAAGGAUCUCUAAAUCAAAUUCCAGGCUCUGUGCCUGCACCGUCAAGGGUGGAUUUGAUACCAUGCUAGGAAUUAACCGCAGCAUCGAGACUCCUGUACAUAUUCCUACAAUUGUAACAUCUUGUCUCCUUUACUACCUCCCUCUUGUCGCUGCUGCCCAAGCAGCAUCAUCGCAUCAUUCCUUGUAUCAACUCCUGGCCUUUCCUUGA